AUCACUUGAUGGAAGACGCCGGCAUGAGAAACCACUCCCUCUUCCCGCUGGAAACCUGCCCCCACGUCCCCGACGAGGCGUUCCGGCAAUUCCACACCAUCGACAGGGAGCUCUACGCCGCCCUGACCCGCCCCCUCCGCCGCGACCCGGCCGAGUCGGUCCAGGUCCUCGCCUUCCUCAUGUGGCUUGAGAAGGAGUGCGCCGACUCCACCCUCAUCAAGCGCGUCUCCUCCCUCCCGCCACUCCUCAUCAACGCCGUCGCCGACGAGGCUGCCGCCUGCGUCAGGUGCGUCGAGAGUGACGCCUUUCUCGCCGGAGGCGGGGUCAAGCUCCUGUCCGAGCUCCUCAGCUUCCCGGCCGGCGUCAGCCUCCGCUUCCUCCACGACAACCGCAUCGCUGUGCUCCGCGGCGUCGCCAAGAUCAUGAACACCGUCUGCUGGCGCGCCUUCGGCGACCUCUUCCAUCGCGAUGUAAACCCGGACAUGACUGUGACAGUGCCGCCGAAUUUCAUGUAUAAUACGUAUGUUGACGUGCCGUCGCCGCCGCAUGUAGCCCACCCCCACCACCCGCCUAUGGUGGCGCAGCGGCAAAUGCUAAGCCAGGAUUUGGGAAAUUUGAAAGAGAAUAAAGAGCAAGAGAAACAAGUGUCGCCAGAUGAUCGUACGAUUUUCUUGACAUUUUCCAAGGGCUACCCUACGAGUGAAGAUGAAGUUCGAGAUUAUUUCACUAGGAAAUUUGGAGACUUUAUAGAAGAUUUGAUGAUGCAAGAAGUGGAGGGGGACGAGCAGCCGCUGUACGCAAAAAUGGUGGCGCGCACGCCGGCGGUGAUUGACGGCAUAGUGGAGGGAAAUAAGGCUAAGUAUUCCAUAAAUGGGAAGCACGUGUGGGCAAGGAAAUACGUCAAGAAAUCGCCGCAGCAGCGCUCACCGCCCACAGGGGAGGCUUCUACUUCUGCUUCUUCUCCGGCCAAGAAGGCUUGAAUAUUUGUUGCAAGACAUAUUUAUUUUUA